GCGCCUUUUUUUCAAAUGCAUUCGAGACUACAAUUCGAUAUAUCGAACUGCAUUCACAAUCGAUUAAACGCGUCGUUGUCGUCGUUGUCGAUAAUAUUCAGACAUAACCUCCAAAAAAUUAAUGACGAUAUUAAACGAAGAAAAAUAUUACAAGAAGAUCGUUUGCACAAUAUGGAGGAACAAGUUUAUUUAUAUAAUUCAACAAUUUGUCGAUUGUGUGCGACAGACAGUGAAAAUGGAGAAUCUCUAUUUUCUGAUGACACAGAGAAACCGGAUAUAAGCACAAUGGUUAAUCGCUAUUUACCACUAAAGAUUCAAAAUGAUGGGAAAUUACCGCAAACAAUUUGUCCCGGUUGCAAUAUACAAUUGGAAUCGACAAUUCAAUUUUUCGAUUUGGUUGUUGAUGGUCAGAAGAAAAUUCGCGAUCUUUGGAAACAACAAAUUGAACAUGAACGAAAGGCGAAACGUGAAAUGGAACGUUCAAGACGCGAUGAAAUUGAAUUAGUGCAGGAGGAAAUUCAACAAACGGAAAUUGUGGAAAAUUCGGAAAAUAAUGAUAAUCAAAUUGUUGAGAGUGUCGAAAUUACCGGAGUCGAUAAUCAGGAAAAGAAUCUGGAGAAUGAUGGAAAUAAUGAUGAUGACGAUGAUAAUAAUGAGGAUGAUGACGAUAAUGAAAAUCUCGAUCAACAAAUUUACAUAAAGAUUAUGCCUGACGGUUCAAUGUACGCUUCCGAUCACGAAGUACGCCUUCAAAUGGAAGGUUUAGAUAAACCACGAAGAAAACGAGGGCGACCCCCGAAAAUCGAAAUUAAGACGGAGGUUUUAGAAGAAAUUACAGAAGAGACAAGUCAAGGGGAAGAGGAAAAACAAGAUGAGGAUUUAGAAGAAGAGGACGACGGGACAGGAAGGCGACGUCGAAAGAGAAAAAUUCCCGAAAGAUUCAAAGAAGCCGUUCAGGGCAAGGAACUUGAUCGAAUUUUCAAGGAGGAGGGCGUCUUUGAUGAAGGCGAUUACGACCAGGAUGAGGAUUAUUUCGACGAAUUCGAUGAAUUUAAAGCAAUAACAACGCCCGAUGGAAAUGAAAUUAUUGGCCAUUUAGAGACUGAGGAGGGUAAAGAUUUAGGGGAAUUAGUUGUGAUUAAUCGAAAUCGUGGCCGCGGACGACCGAAGCGGAAAAAAAAUAAAUACUACUGCAAUAUUUGCGGAAAAGGAUUUCAUCAAAUUAGCAAAUACGCAACACACAAAUCAUUACACAAAAAUAUAAAAUACAAAUGCGUGGAGUGUGAGAGACAAUUUUCGAAUGAGGACAAUUUUCGUUUACAUCAAAAGACAACGUCGCACGUUGGACGCGAGAUUCUCGAGCUUGUCAAUGAAAUUAUUAAACCAUUGGAAAAUGUUGCAAGCACCGAAGCGAUCGUCUCAACAAACGAGGAAACAACCGAAAUUAUUUCCUCCUCAUCGAAUAAACAGAAUAUUGAAAAUACAAUUUUAGCGAAUACCGAGGAAAUACCGGCGAAAGAAGUAUUUCUUGAAACAACAAUUGAAGACAAUUCACAAGGUGAAAAAUCGGAUAAAAUUAUUACAUCGCAAGAAGAAAAAUCCGAAGUUACGUGCUCGCAAUGUUCACAAUCGUUUAACGCCGAGGAAGAACGCGAGUCUCACGAGAAAACGCACGAUCACGGCGACGAUAAAGAAUCAUCACCGAAUGGCAAAAAUGAAAAGGGAUUUCCGUGUGAUAUUUGUGGGAAAGUAUUAAAUCAUCCGAGUUCAAUUUUAUAUCAUCGUGAGGCUGAGCACAAUAAUGGAAGACGAUUUGUAUGCAAUAAAUGUGGCAAGAGUUUUAAGCACAAACAACUUUUGCAAAGGCAUCAACUUGUACAUUCCGAGGAACGUCCCUAUCUUUGUAAACAUUGUAAUGCAAGUUUCAAGACAAAAGCAAAUCUUCUCAAUCAUCAAUCAACGCACACUGGGGAGAAAAAAUAUUUCUGCGAUAUUUGUGGACAACAAUUUGCCCAUAAAACUAGUCUCACACUACAUCACAGAUGGCAUUCAGGUGAUAAACCCUACAAAUGUGAUGUGUGUAAAAAGAGUUUCUCGCAAAAUGGAAAUUUACAGGAGCACAUGCGAAUUCACACGGGCGAAAAACCAUAUUGCUGUGAUUAUUGCGGACGUAAAUUCACGACGUCGUCACAAUUUAAAUUACACGUGAAGCGUCAUACCGGCGAUCGUCCAUGGAAAUGUGAAUUUUGUGAGAAGAGUUUUUUGCACAAAGACACAUGGAAGUGUCACGUUCGUCGACACAAGGGAGAACGUCCCUUUCAAUGUGCACAUUGUAAUCGCGCUUUCACGGAACAAUGGGCUUUAAAAAAACACCUUCGUCUACACACAGGAGAGAAACCAUAUUCUUGUGAAAUAUGUGGAAAGGCUUUCGCCGACUGUUCAAAUCUCACCAAACACAAAAAAGUUCAUAAGGAAAUUAACAUAACUGAUGAAAAUGAAAUUUCGGAAGGUACGGCUAUUGGUGAAGUUUGGGAAAUUUUACCAAAUCCCCAGGAAGUUAAUGAGAAUUCAAUGCAAGGACGAAUCGCCGAAGUGAUAUCAGCUGACAAUAUAUCUAAUGAAGAGGUUCCACAAAUUUUUUACGUCUCCUAUCAAGAACCAACAAAUAUCGUUCCUCAAUCGAGAAUGUUACACAUUGUCGAUUCUGGAAUGGUGGAACUUAAGGGCGAAUUAGCAACAGUCGGUGGUCAAACAUUGCGUGCAAUUCAUAUACAAAAUGAUGAGGCGGUAACAGAUGAAGCUCUAAUUCAAAAUUCAGAAUUAGAGGAAAAAAUAGAAGAACAAAUUGCCGAAUCUGAUUUACAAGUUCAGAUAACCGACGACGAAGGUAAUUUAAUUCCCCUCUCAUUGCAAGAUGCACGACAAUUACUUUCCGAGGGUCAAAUAAUAAGUCAAUUGAGCGAUGGACAAAUUGUUAAAGUACAUUCGGGUAUUGGUCCACAGCAUUUUUUUGCUCAAUUAGGUGUCAAUGAUAAUAAUCAAGAAGUAAAUUCAAAUCCCACAAUUAUCGUUAAAAAACAAAAAGCAACGUCUACUUCGCGAAAUUCCGAGAAAGUAACGGAGAAAAAUACGUCUAAAGUUUAAAAAGAAGAAGAAAUAAAAAAGAAAAGAAAAAUGUAAUUUAAUUUAUUCAUUGAUGUCAUAAUUUGUAUUAUUAUAAUUGCGUUUAUUAAUAUAUAUUGAGUAUAUUAAUAUUAUAGAAAUAAUUACGUUACAAUUAUGUUACUUUAAGGUGUAAAAUAUUUUUUUUGUUUCAAAAUACACAUUGAUUAGGAUCUUUCUAAGAA